AUGACCGACGUUGACAUGACAGACGCGCCAGGUGGCGCAGGCCCUGUGGCCAAGAAGAAGGGCGGAGAUGCCGCCGCGGGCGAGGGCAAGAAGCGAUUUGAGGUCAAGAAGUGGAACGCCGUUGCGCUCUGGGCCUGGGACAUUGUCGUCGACAACUGCGCCAUCUGCAGGAAUCACAUUAUGGAUCUUUGUAUUGAAUGCCAGGCAAACCAAGCAUCCGCCACGAGUGAGGAGUGCACCGUUGCCUGGGGUAUCUGCAAUCACGCUUUCCACUUUCACUGCAUUUCGAGGUGGCUGAAGGCACGACAAGUCUGUCCCCUGGAUAACCGUGACUGGGAGUUCCAAAAGUAUGGUCGUUGA